AUGUCACAUAUAUCACUCCUCACAUCUAUCGACUCCACAGGACAUAUUCACUUAAUCAUUGGAUCGAAUCCAUUGGCAGCUGCAAGAUGUGCCAAAUCCCUCGAAGUCGGCGCGAAGCCCCUGCUCAUCGCCCCCGACACAGUAGAGCUACACUAUGCACUCCAAAAGAGGAUAGAUAAUGGGGAGGUGGUGUGGUUGAAGAAACCGUUUGAAGAUGAAGAUGUGCUGCGCCUGGGAAGGGAGGAGAUUAAUGGCGUCGUGGAUGCUGUUUUCGUCACAUCUGGACCGCGAGAUCCAUUGAGCGCACAUAUCUCCCUGCUCUGUAGACGAAACCGAAUACCAGUCAACGUAUCCGAUGCUUCCUCCCUCUGCACCUUCAGCCUCCUCUCCACACAUACCGAUGGACCCCUCCAGAUUGGCGUAACAACCAACGGCCGAGGCUGCAAACUCUCCUCCCGAAUACGACGAGAAAUUGCCUCGUGUCUCCCUCCAAACCUAGGCGCAGCUUGUGCCAGACUUGGCACUAUCCGCCAACGCAUACAAGAAGAAGACCAUCUGACACACAUGGCACUGUCUGGGGAUCUUGACGAUGAAGACUCCAUAGACCAAACCUCCACCUUUAAUAAGCUGGUAACAGAGGCCGACCUCGACGCAGCCAAGAACCGACGAAUCCGCUGGCUCUCCCAGAUCUGCGAAUACUGGCCCCUCCGCCGUCUCGCGAAUAUAACAGACGCAGACGUAGAAUCAGUGCUGAAAUUAUCCGCUUCGAAUCCUUCCACAUCUGCCACACCUGAUACCACCAACCUCGAUAGCAGAACAGAAAAGAAAGGCAGGAUAAUACUAGCAGGCAGCGGGCCAGGCCACCCCGAUCUCCUAACACGAGCAACACACAAAGCGAUAUUGACAGCGGAUAUAAUAUUGGCAGAUAAACUCGUUCCCUCCGGUGUCCUGGACCUCAUCCCCCGCCGCACUCCCGUGCACAUCGCGCGAAAGUUCCCAGGUAACGCAGAGCUAGCACAAGAAGAGCUGCUCUCGCUCGGCCUCGCCGGUCUCAAGGCAGGGAAAACCGUGCUCCGCCUAAAGCAAGGCGAUCCCUACAUCUACGGCCGAGGAGGAGAGGAGUUUGAGUUCUUUAGGAGGGAGGGAUACGGAGACGUGGUUAGCGUGCUGCCGGGGAUUACCAGUGCGUUGAGCGCGCCGCUGUUUGCGGGUAUUCCGGCUACGCAGAGGGGGGUCAGUGAUCAAGUGUUGAUCUGUACUGGGACGGGGAGGAAAGGGAAGCCUACUGUGCCGCCUGAGUAUGUGGAUACGAGGACGGUGGUUUUCUUGAUGGCUUUGCAUCGUAUAACGGGGCUGGUAGCAGAUUUGACAAGUUGGGAGUCGGAGGAUGCAAAAGUCCUGGAUGGAAGUGUGGAGGUUGAUAGGAGUAGGAGACUUUGGCCGAAAAAGACGCCGUGUGCGGUUGUUGAGAGGGCGAGUUGUCCUGAUCAGAGGGUGAUUAGGACGACGUUGGAGUUUGUGGGGGCUGCGAUUGAGGAGGAGGGAAGUAGACCGCCGGGAUUACUCGUCCUUGGUAAUGCGUGCGAGGUUUUGAAUAAGCCUGAUAAGGGGAGGAAGUGGGUUGUUGAGGAGGGGUUUAAGGGGUUUGGUGAUUUCGAGGGGAUGGGAUUGGAGUUUGUUCUGGGAGGGAAGGAGGAGAGAGAUCGGGUGUGA